AUUAUAAUGAGUGUUAUAAAGUGUAUGCUGUUUUUUUGCCUUGACAACAAGCUUGACAUUUUGGGAAGACUACACUUGUCUGGAUGUAACUCAGUGCAUGUUAAACAAGGCCAUAAUACAUGUGGCUUUAAAGCACCUGGAAUCGGGUAUAUCCUGUUGUCAAUGCCAGUUUCUUAUCCUUGCAACGAAGGCAAGCAUAUGGUGCGGAAAGCACCUGAAGAUGACUCUCAUGUCCUCUGGGGAGUCUCAAGAAGAGGAGCAUACCGAACUGUUUUUUCAGCUACUAGUGGAUUUUCUGAGCUUUUCCACUGCUAGUUAUUCAGCUUUGGCAAGAAUUCCUAUAUCAGCUAACAGAACGUCGAUGGAUGCUACUGUAAUUAUU